AAGUGAUGAUUUUAAAGAUAAAGGAAUUAUAAGAGAAGUUUGGUAAGAUAAUUUAGAAUAAGAAUUCGAAAUAAUACAAGAUUUAGCUGAAGAAUGUACCUAUGUCUCACUAGUAAUUAAUGAAAAUAAUUUCUAAUUAUAUUUAUUUUAAAGGAUACAGAAUUUCCAGGUGUCAUAUAACAAUAAGUAAAAAGAAUAAAUUUAAAAGAACUCUCUAUAAAUAAAAAUUAAUAAAAAAAAAAAUAUAUAUAAAUAUAAAUAAAGGCUAGCUCAGAAUAUCAAAAAAUAAAGCAAAACGUAGACAGUUUAAACAUGAUUUAACUAGGAUUAACAUUUGCCAAAAGUGAUGGUACAUUUCCUUAAAAAUGCACAUUUUAAUUUAACUUUGCAUUCAAUAAAAAUAAAGAUAAUAAUACAAAAGAAGCAAUAAAAUUUUUAGAAGAAAGUGGAAUAAAAUUCGAUAUGCAUUAAAAAUAAGGUAUUUAAUUAGCAGAUUUCGCAGAAAUGUUUUUCGGAUGUGGGUUAUUAUGUAAUGAAGAUAUUACUUGGAUAACUUUUCAUGGAGGAUUUGAUUUUGCUUAUUUUUUAAAAUUGUUAAUUGAUUCAAAAUUACCUAAUACAUGUAAAGAAUUUUAUGAAUAGUUUUAUUUAUAUUUUCCUUAAACAAUUGAUGUCAAAUUAGUUAUAUAAGAAAUAGAAGGAUAUAAAUAUAAAUAUUUAGGUUUAGAAAGAUUAUCUAAAAAUUUAUAAAUUGAUAGAAUUGGACCUUAGCAUUAGGCUGGAAGUGAUAGUUUACUUACGAUGAAAGUUUUUUUAAAAUUAAAAGAAAAAAAUUCUAUUUCAUAAUGUUAUAAUUAAAUUUUUGGACUUAAUGAACUUGAAGAUGAAAAAUCUUAUAUGAAUUAAUAAUAAUAAUAUAUUACUGAUUAUCCUCCAAAUAUGUUUGGAUAGAAUAUUAUGGACAAUUAUUACUAUUAAUAGUAGUCUGUUAUUGGAGAUUAAUAUUACUUUUAGGAAUAUUAAUAGUUGGCCUAAAAUUAAAUUCCAGCUUAAUAUGCAAAUUAUAUUCCGAAUAGAAAUUAUUCAGGAAAUACUUAUAAUAAUGGAAAUAAUGAAUAAAAUAAAUAAAACAGUAACGCUGGAUAACAACCAAAAAAAAAUCCUUCUUAGAGAUGA